GAGCAUGUCUUUUGUCAAUAAAUACAAAAUGUGGCGUUUUUAAUUUUAUCCGAGAGUUUGGUCGGUUGCGAUUCGCCGGAGACGACGCAAAGAAUUCCAUGAAUCGUGGUACGGUGAACGUUGUAAAAUAACGGAAGCAGACCCAACGAAUUAUCGAACACCGCGGUCGAAUACGAUCGUGAUUCAUUGUGUCAACGCUAAUAAUUCUCGCAUCUUACCUCUCGAUAUAGUUGGAACUCUUUGAUAUGAAUGUUACCGUUAUAAUUAGAUCCUCUAUCACCGAGACAAAGUUUUAAUCAUUCGAGCGUAUAACGUAAUAUGUAUAUUAUAUUAUUCAUUGUUACAAUAGCCGCGUCUUACGCUACAGGGAAAAAGUUUUGCGUUACGAUCGUAGGUAUUACACGUGUGCUUCGCGAGUUUCAUAUUUCCUUUGCCAUUCGAUCUGCGAUUUCCACUUUGAACGAUAUUAAAAAUAAAAAAUAAUAGCAGGAUUCCGCGCAGUGCGGUAAGCGAGGCUGUAGAUUAUUCGAAUAUUAUUGCAGAACAAGAAUUAGAUUAAUUAUAUAUGAUGACUUCACCGCGGUAUAUAAACUGUCACCCGAUAUAAACUAACGCGAUCUCUAUCCCAGAAUUCUGUACUAAUUAUUAGAUGCACUUAUUACGCUUGCACAUGAUCGUUAAAAUGAAACGCAUAUGUAUAAAGCGAGGUAUAUCAUACCUACCGACAUACGACUGUGUGCUAGAGCUGAGGUACAUGAGCUCAUGAUAACACGGAAAGUAUCGGAUUCCCCGGUACACCCGUAUCGCACUGCACACACACACUCGUGUAUAAUUAUAUAUCUCCAUAUUAUUGCCGCUGCAGUUGCGAAAUCGCGUGAUUGCGAAUAUUAGACUGCACGCGGUAUAAAUCAGCGAUUAAAAAAUAGAGGCGGCCACAUUGAUCCGUUUUUUCACGGAACAAGGAAUAAAACUAAAAAAACUCAUAUCUCCGAAGAUCCGCGGUUUAACUUUACAAGCCUGAUUUUCUGCGCAGAUAAUAUUUUAACACUAUUCUUUCGUAGAAUAUUCUUAUCUCCGCGUUUCGAUAGAGCGAAAAAAUGAAUUAUUAAGCCCUGAACGUGUUUUAUCCGGAAAUUACGGGAACGAACGCUCGAACAAUUAUAAUAUCAUCGGCUAACUAAGGUCAGUUUCGAGAUGUCGAUUCGAUCGAUUCAGGAUCGAUUAUUGCAAAAGCGCUCGUCGACACUAGCGGCAAUUGCGGCAAUCUCGUGAUCAGCUGUUCGAGCAAACUAUGGACACAUCCGAGGGUUUUAAAUUCGUGUCUCGUAGAAAACGAGGAAAGCGUAUUUCAAACGCUGUGAGUCGUAACGGGGAACCAAGGAAUACCGAAGAAACUGAAUUUGAUGCUGAUAAAUUGAGUCGCAGGCUUAGCGAAGCCCAAAGUGAACUCGCAACCUCUGAAUACGUAAAUGAGGUUUUUCAGGCCCUCGUGAAAUGCCAGAAACUCUUAAGCAUCCACAGGAUUGAGGAGAUAUUAUGUUAUGGUCUCGGCCAUUUUUCAGACCAUGUCCUGAGAUCCAUGAUGAACGCAAAUUUGAAAAUACUGCGGUCUCUGAUCAGCGAGAUAAGGCAUGUAGCAAGAGAAAAGAAAAUGGAAGACAACAUAAUGGUGCAGUACAUAUUGCAACAGUCGAGGAUUCACAGGGAGACUUCCGAGGUACUCUGCAAGGCACGUGAAGAAUUGAAAUUCCUCGGACAGACGUACCUGAACUACUUGCAGGCGCAAAGAAAAUACGAAGAGAUCAGAAAGCACUACGCUGGAAGGGGUGAGAGAAGUGUACAGGAAACCGCGGAUCUUGUCGGGUUCAAGUUACCCCACGAUCCCAAAUAAAUUUGAUAAACUUUAUUUAUUAGUAGAAUAACGUCGAUGUAAAACUGUCUCCAGUUUUCGGUAGCAAUGUAAAAAAGUGGUUCAUACUUUGCUGGUUCAUUUCAACUUGAUAUGCGACCAUAAAUGCAUUUUUGGAAAUUUAA